CGUAAAAAUGACAGCUGUCAGCUGCCUGAAACUUAUAUGGCAGUAUAAGGCGGAAUAAUUGUAAUUUCUAAAAUACUUUGAUGGUGUGGUAUUUUUCUAUACUGAUCACAUUAAAAAACUAUAAUGUCGACAACAGAAGGAGAUUUGGAUGUCGAAGUGUCCCAUGAACUGGAGGAAGGCGAGUUGGAGGAAUCUGACGUUGAAGAAGGCACAUAUAUUCCCCUUGCACGGCCAGAGACCUUUAACCCGCCGUCUUUAGUAAACAUGCAAAUACAGGACGAGUUAAGUGAUGAACCAUCCCAUGAAGAGUCGUCAGGCUCUGAGUCGGAGGAGGAGCCGCGCCGCAGAGCCAAGCGGACCAAGUUACGCUUACGAAGAUCUCAUCAACAACAGCAACCACAAAAUAAACGAGAUAAAUAUAAUGUGUGGUGCAAAACAGUGCAGGAGGAUCUCUUGACAGAGGAUAUGGGAAGUAUAGAUGUGACAAAAAAAAGUGAUUAUGGUGUUGAAUCUUAUGAUUAUACAAUUAAGUAUAGAUUAGAUGAUAAUUAUGUAUCAAAAAAAGUUUUUUCAAAUGAUCAAUUACAUAACAGAGACAAUACAAGUAAUAAAAGGAGGCACACUGAUAGGACAAAUGUAAAAUUAAGACUUGGCAAAAGAGUUAAUUGUAAUCAGCCCAGAGAAGACAAACAAAAGCCAAGGUAUUUACCUAACUUAACAAUGACCACAGAAGAUCCAAUAGAAAGUAUUGCAGAGGAAAUUGCAGAAAAAUUAACUGAAUCAAAGAAGGAACUAGUUGUAAGAAUUCUUCAAGUGGUAGGUGCAAGCAAAGCUAUAGAAUUAUACAAAGAAACACAAAGAUUAGAAGCUGAUGGUGGUAUGCUUGUAAUGAAUGGUACUCGGCGCAGGACGUCAGGUGGCAUAUACUUCUUCCUUUUAAAACAUGAUGAAGAUAUAUCACAGGCUAUGAUCAAUCAGAUAUUUACUGAAGAUCGGAAGACAUCAGCAUGUAAAGUCAAAAAGGCCCUCGCAAAGAAUCGUCAGAAAAUUAUGGAGGAAUUAAAACAGAGCUUAACAGAUUCUGAACUACCCUCACUGUUAUCCCGGGGUGAGGCGACCGUGCAAACUGAGCACGGCUCCAACCCGCCACCGUCGCCAGCGACAGACGCGCGCGAGUGCUCGAGCGACACGGACGCGCCGCAAUCGCCCUCCCGGCCGCACGCCACCCUGCCCGACUGUCUGCCCGACAGGAGGGACGCGGACCCGCGGCAACUACACGCGUACGAAGACGACGACGACUUCUUAGAAGUUAUGUGCAACGAAGAAAUGGAUCUAUUCUGAGAACAUUAUUGGUGAUUGAAUUGCCUCAAAGUGAAUAUCUGUGAGUUUGUAACUUUCCAUGGGCAUUAUGUUUUAUGGCUAAAACUGUAAACAAGUGUGGUCUAUAAUUAAGAUUUUUAUAUCGUUACUUUGAAUUGUUAUUGGGUGCUCACAAUGAUUUGAUCAAAUGUAACAUUGUGCAUGGAUAGAAAUCUAGUUGGUGCAGGCAGUUGGAAUUUUGGCCUAUGCUUGGAACUAUCAAAGGUAAAGUUUUAUUGUUAUUAACAUGCGGAAAUGUCUGUUUCAAAGUAAUGUGACAUGGUUACUAGGUAUAAACAGUUUAAAUAUUAUGUAAUAUUUAAGCUAUGAAAUAUAUUUAAAAAGAGCUUUUGUAGCAGUUAUCAGGCAACAGUCCAUGUCUGAUGUUAAAUCAAUGUCUACAACAAAACUAUGAAUGCACUGCCAGACUUUUUGAAAUACAGAAAACAAGAGUAAAUAAAAUAGAAACAUUUAGGAGACAAAACUCUAGUUUAUAAUAUGUAAAUUUGAUAUAUUUUCCAGUUAAAGUAAUAAAUGGCUAUUACUUGUCUAUGACAUAGCCUAACAAGGAUUUGACAAAAAUUGCACCCACAUACGGGAUUAUGAAUGUACUUGUAUAAAAAAAAUUGUGGAUAUUUAGAGUGCUUGCACACCUUUGAGCUUAUAUGAAGGUGAGCACACACUACUGGAUCUUUAUUUGUGCAAUUAAACAGAUAAAUUGGCUGCGACAUAAUCAACAAUUGCACAACAGUUGUGCAAUUUAAUCGAAAGUGUGCAUCUACUCUUAAUGUUAUACUCAUAAUUUGAGUAAAAAACGAAUCAAAGUUGCCAACGUUAACAUUUUUACAAUACUGGCUUUAGAUCACUGGGUGUGAAUUCUUUUUGGCACUUUUGAAUGGAAAUAUGUUGUAAAUCAUAGAAUUAUGUUGUAAGACUACAAUAGGAGUCCCCUUUAAAUCCAGUGCCCUGGGAGGUUGCCCAACCGCUCCCUAUCCUAUGCCGGCCCUGCAUUUUUACUUUACAAUAAAGUUGUUUGGUUUUGGCCCAAGUAACAAGCAGGAUUUAUUUUAUCAUAUUCAUUAAAACAGGCAGCACUAUUUAGAUUCAAGAAUAUUCAAUUGAGUUUAUUGGUUUUUAGAAUAAAAUGAGGCUGCUUUUAUUUUAAACCAACUUCCAAAAAGGGUUUCAAUUUAUCUAUAUUUACUUUUGCCAUCUCAUAUAAGACUUGUUUUAUAAUACUUUUUUUAGUUCUCAACACAAUUUCAUGUAGAGACUAGCAUGGGCAUUAUGAUGUUCACAUCCGCCUAUAAAAUUAUUUUUAUAAAUAUAACCAUUGUCUAUGGUUCUUAGUAUUUGGGCUGUAAAAUUAGCUGUAUUUGUAGACAAUAAAUAUUUUUAUUAUUUAGGUUUUCCUCUCAUGUAUACUCCUACCAUUAAAAUAUCGUCUAAUUAGUAAUUUAUUGUGAAAGUGUAAAAAAUACUAUUGUUGAGAGUCCAGAGUUACAUAUUUUUACAACAAGAAAGAUUUACGAAUUGUGAGUUUUCAUAGAAUUGUAUGAUCAGUGUGAGGAAUGUUAUUAGACAAACUCUGGAGUAUUUGUAUAAUAAACAUUAAAAAAAAACAUAUUUUUUACUACCAUUGA